GUAUGACUCUUUUUUCUGAGUUUCUCAUUAUUGGUUAUUAACCAGAAGAAUAUAAAGAGACUGAAAUCAUUGAAUACUUCCAUAUAAAUGGAUCAAGUCUACCAGAUUAUCUUAGAAAUGUAGGCAUUGUAAUUAUCAAUUUGAAUUACAUUAUAGAUGUGUUUUACAAGUGUCUUUGAUGUUAAAUUAGAAUAGGAAUAGUAAAAGAAAUAGGAUGAUAUAAAUAGCAAGAAUUAUUUACAUCAGUUUGUGAUUACAGAUUAGAGUGGGUAAUUACGAUAUUGCACCUCUCUUGUUGUAUUUGAGAGUUUAAAGAGUGACUUUUAUACACCUUUUGCUUAUGUAAUUGUUUCUGAACAAUCAAACUUAAUUAGAUAGAAAUCAUAUAUGAGAGCAUUAUAUAAUGGUAUAUUUGACAGAGUGACAGUAUUUAUUAUUAUUAUAUUAUUUUUAUAGAGAUAUAGAGAUCGUGGAUGGUAAAUGGGAUCAUAGAAAUUAUCUAAUUAAUAAUUAUUUGAAUUCUAUUUGUCUGUCGGUAUAACAAAUUUAGAUGGAUUAUACUUUGUACCAAAAUAAAUUAUGAAGACACGAUAAGAAGUAAUAACAGAUCUUAUUAUUAACAAUCCAAAUCAUAAAAAUAAUCUAUACAAUAAGGAUAUUAGUUUCAAUGCUUUAUUUUCAAAAUUAUCAAUCAAAAGUAUAAUUAAAGUUGUAUAAUCAAUAAUCCUUGAAAAACAGAUCAUUUUAUUUACUACUUAAGUUUGGGACUUAGCCACUAUAACUGAGGCAUUCUUAUAAUUUAUAUAUCCUCUCUAAUGGAGAUGCAUUUAUAUACCAUAUUUACCAGCAGAAAUACUUGAUACUCUUCAUGUUUCUGUGCCUUAUAUCAUUGGAGUACAUUGUAAUCUUAAAGAGAGAGUAUUAACAUAAUAUGAUUGCCUUGAUAAGAUCUUAGUUGAUUUAGAUUAAGAUAGGGUCAUAGGCUGUAAUUUAGUAUUUAGACAUAAUAUAUUAUUUAUAGAUAUUACCUUUUCCAGAAUAACUUGUAGAAACCCUCAUAAAUUAGAGUUCCAAAUUCUCAUAUUCAGAUGAUGUAAUAUAAACUUUUGUUAGUAGUCUGAAUUGUUAUAAGUUUAAUGCUGCUUUCUUAAAUUCCAAUUGUAAAUGAUCAAUAACAUUGUGCCAUACUUUAUUUAUUCUGACACCCUCCAGUAGAAGCCUAAAAUAGAAGACAUUUUUGAUAAGGAUCUUUAUAUUGAAUAAUUUACUCCCUUAGAUUAAGAAUUUUAUAGAGAAUUCGUUAACAAAACUAUGGUAAUAUAUAUUUUUAUAGAAAUAAUAGAUGUUUCAACGUUUUAUUGAAGAAUCCUAUUAAUAUUUACAUUAAAAGUAAUUCUUGAAACAAAAUAUUAAAGCAAAUAUAUUUAUUGAUUUACUUUUAUUGAUCAAUACAUCAGGAUAUUUCAAUAUUUACAAAUUAUAAAAUAAAGAUUUUGAAGCUAAGUUAUUCAGUCUAAUAAACGAAUCCAAAUAAUUAAUUCCAGAAUCAGAAAAAUCAAUUCAUUCACUCUUCUCCUAAUAUCAAAAACAAACUAAUGACUAUCUAAUUCCAUAAAAAAAAUUUCCAAUUCUUAAAAUUGACAAAUCUAAAAUUAUUUAAAUAGAUGCCAUUUAAAAUAGUAUUCAUCAAAAUUCUCUAAUGUAAAGAAGCACUUAAUCAUAAAAAACUGAUAUCUGUAAUGAAAAUAAAUAGGUUAUUAAUAUACUCACAAUUAAAGUCCAUAAAAUUAAUCCAAUUUCUAAAUCAUAUAUACAAAAUGAUGUUACUGCUUAAAUUAUUUUGAAAUAUCCAAAGAAAUCUUUGUCAAAACUUAAAAAAACUUUAGCUGACUAAUUACUAAAAUUAGCCCCUGAAGUCAAUGUUGAAUAGAAACCAAUUCAAACGUCUCAAAUGCUGAGUGUGAGGUAAAGCAAGCGUAUAUUUAACACUGAAGAAAUGGGUUACGUAAGCAUGUAUAGGACUAAAACUUACAAUAUGUACUGA